AUGACCGGGAGAAUAGCGGCUUUAAACCGGUUCAUCUCCCGAUCCACAGAUAAAUGUCUCCCGUUUUUCAAGAUUUUGAAAAAAGCAUUCGAAUGGAAUAGCGAGUGCGAGGAAGCCUUCGGGAAGUUAAAAGAAUAUUUGAACAAUCCGCCACUCCUUAGCCGUCCGGACGAAGGAGAAAUACUUUAUCUCUACCUAGCAGUAUCUCCCUUGGCAGUCAUCUCAGCUUUGGUCCGAGAAGACUCAGGUAUCCAAAAACUGGUUUAUUUUACCAGCAAAGCACUCAAUGGAGCCGAAGAGAGGUACCCUCAGAUCGAAAAGUUGGCAUUUGCCUUAAUCGUCUCGGCACGGAGACUAAGGCCAUAUUUUCAAGCACAUGCUAUACGGGUGUUGACCGAGUAUCCACUGAAAAAGAUAUUGCAAAAACUAGACCUUUCUGGCAGGUUGGUAAAUUGGUCGGUAGAACUGGGGCAAUUCGCUAUAGAAUUCCACCCUCGAACUUCGAUCAAGGGUCAGGUCCUAGCUGACUCCCUCCUGGAAUUUUGUAAUACACUCGAGAGCGAAGAACUGCCUAAGAAGGAGACCUGGGUAGCGUAUGUAAAUGGUUCCUCAGCUAACCGGAAGAGUGGAGUCGAUGUCACUCUUGCAAACCCGGAUGGAGAAAGUUUUCGGUACACAAUCAAGCUGGAUUUCGUGACCACCAACAAUGAAGCGGAGUAUGAGGCCGUGUUGGCCGGGCUGUCUAUAGCCCGGGAGAUGGGAGCAAAGAACGUAAAAGUCAGAAGCGAUUCUCAGGUGGUAGUAAGCCACGUGCAGGGACUUGCCGAGGGCCAAGGUGAAAAGAUGAUCCAAUAUCUCAACAAGAUACGUGAAUAUCAGGCUAACUUUGAUAGGACGGAUAUGACAAAAAUCCCUCGGGAGGAAAAUGUCCAGGCUUAUUCCCUCUCCAAAAUGGGCUUUGGUACCGAGCCCAAUGUCAAAACAUCCACCAACGAAGUGGUGGUGCAAACCGAACCCUCAAUCAUCCCGAAGUUAGAAAUGAUGGAAGUUGAGGAAAGAUCAACCAAUCCAGAAUGGGCCGUUGACGUUGUUCAGUACCUCCAAAAAGGAUCCUUACUCGAGGACAAGUUGUUGUCUCGAAAGGUAAAAUGCACUCAGCUCGGUACGUGCUUAUUGGAGGAGUACUUUAUCGAAGAGGUUAUACUGAGCCAUUUCUCAAGUGUCUCACGAACUCGGAGGCAGAAUAUGUGCUCAAAGAAAUACACGAAGGGGUCUGCAGGAACCAUUUAG